ACAACAUGGUUUAUCGAUUUUUCAAGAUGAGAUAAAAGCUGGCGAAGGAAAGGAAGGAAGGGCAAAGAACGAGCGAAGAAAAUCCCAUCUCUCUUUCUCUCUCUCUCUCUCUCUCUCCCUCCCUCCUUCCUUCCUUCCCUUUCUCACUGCCUCUCUCUUUAUUCCAUAGUAUGUUUCUCUUCUGUGAGAUUGAACCUUUUGAUAACAUCACGUUGUUCGACCUCUUCUUCUUGCGGUUCAACUAUCAGGUUGCGAAGUUUCCAACGUAUCUUCAACCAGUAAACCAGUAAACGUCGCGAACACAUAAGAAAAGUGUGUAGACGUAGAGGGCUCGAUUAGAAACACGCAUAGAAUGUAUGGGAAGGUGGAACGAAGUGAGAGAGAGAGAGAAAGAGAGAGAAAGAGAGAGAGAGAGAGAAAGAGAGAGAACACGGAUCGACCCCCGAAGAGAAGCUGUCACUCGCAGACUGUCGAGUCGAUAUCUUUAUAUAGUUGCAUCAACGACGAUAUUAUUUUCUACGGAAGUGAAUUAUAUCCUCCUCAAGAUUAUACGAGACAAGAAUCUUGGCUUCAUGAUGGUAGCAGUUGUGAAACAGAAGGAAGCGAACAAUACGUACCAGAGUUUCAUCAAAUACCAAAUGGUUGCGUGAAACAGGAAUCAGGGAAUUGUGAAAGGUCCCGAGAAGCUCUCUACCAUCCUCAAUAUACAAUUUCCGUCGCACAUCCAUCCACGCUUAAUACUAAUUUUCUCGAUAUAAAUCCUAGUACUUCGGCUGAUUGUUUCGUAAACAAUAGGCUGAGUCCGCAGAAAAGUGAAUCUUUAAAGAAUGUUGCUGUGAAAGAGGAACCGACUGAUAAGGGUUAUCUCGAGCCAGUUUCUGUGUCCAGUAUUUCGUCUUCGAUAACUCAAAGCUCUCAGAACGUAAACAGCUUGGUUUAUCCGCAGCAACAACAACAACAACAACAACAACAACAAUACGGGAUUGGUACCAGAGAAAGUAGAAGUUCACCAAUACCCAGCCGACCAGCCAGUGCUUUUUCCGGUACAUCGCAAUGGCAACCACCUAUUUCGACUCCGUCAGAAAGCUUUUUACCGCGACAAGAAAGCUGGACGUCCGAUGGCUAUGGAAAACGUAGUAUAACUCCUACUUGGACCGAGUUAGGAGUUCAAGCGGAUUCGAGAAAUUCGUCGUGGGAACGACAGAAUAAUUGCUUGCAAAAACGAGGAUCGCCAUCGUCUUCGUGGAGCUCGGAAUAUAUUAGCAAGAGACCAUCGUCGACCAGUGCGGCAACUACUUGGAGCGACGUGACAGUUGGCUAUCAACAGCAAAGACGUGGAUCUCUUCAGCUUUGGCAAUUUCUUGUUGCAUUGUUGGAUGAUCCAACGAAUGCACCUUGCAUCGCGUGGACCGGUCGUGGCAUGGAAUUUAAACUUAUCGAACCAGAAGAAGUAGCACGUAGAUGGGGCGUUCAAAAGAAUCGACCGGCGAUGAAUUAUGACAAAUUAAGUCGUUCAUUAAGGUAUUAUUAUGAGAAGGGAAUAAUGCAAAAGGUUGCGGGGGAGAGAUACGUUUACAAAUUCGUAUGCGAUCCGGAAGCUCUGUUUAACAUGGCUUAUGGCACUGGAGGAACUCCUGCACUUUCCACCGAAGUUCAUAGCAGUAUGGUAAGAACGCACACAGUGUCGGGAAAGACGUGUGCCACAAGCGACAUCACCGAGCUUGGUAAACAUUCUACAACCGGCUACGGCGAUGCUGUUCUCGCUAUGUAUUCGAACACGGCUGCAGUUUACGGGCCUUCCACUUUGCAUCAUCUGCAUCAAUACUUGGGUGCUAACGAAGAUUUUAAGACACCAACUACCAGAUAUCAUGCGCAUUACUCCGCUCAAUACGAUAAUCAUCAUCAUCACCAUCAUCAUCAUCAUCAUCAUCAUGCUACUUCAGCUUAUUCGGAAACUUUUAUAAAUUAUGGUCGCUUAUCGACGCUGGAACAUCCCCUUGACAUCAGAUCCCAAGAACAACCAAACAAAACUUCGUACAAUCACGAAGCAGAGAAUAUCAAUAGAGAACGAGAGAACUUACCGAUCGGUUACGACGAUACACAGAGAUCGCAGUUACCAGGACCGUCGGCAACAACGGAAACCACGAUAUUGGAUAGCAGUACGAAUUCGAAGAUCGAACAAGCACCAUACGCUUGUUUAGGCGUUGGUAGUUGCGUUUGUUGAAGAUAUGCAAACUUCUUCCCUGUCCUGAAUGUUCAUCGAUAACGAAUUGAAUGUUCUUUGUCAAAGAAAAAAAAAAAAAAAAAGAGAAAAAAAAGAAGAAAACCAAAAAAAACAAGUUUCCCUCGCCAGCGAAUUUUUCGUAGAUCCUCGUGUAAAUAUAUUCAUUCUUUUGCGCAAGACUUCGACGAGAUGGGAGAGAUUUGUUUAGAUUUGUUAGAAAUGAUUAUUUAUCGAAACGAAGAUUGAACGUAAUGGGAUAUUCUCUAGAUAGAUUUCAUUUUUUUUUUCAGAUCCGAUACGUUGUAAUUUAUUCUGUAAAUAGGCUAAUAUAAUGAUUAACUUUA